AUGGUGUACCGCAUCAACAAGAACGCCCAGCACAGCAGCGCGACGUCGGCCCCCAAGGAGAGGGGCGCGGGCAAGGGGGGCAAGGGGAAGGACUCGCAUAAGGAAUCGCAUAAGGACCCGCAUAAGGACCCGCAUAAGGACCCGCAUAAGGACCCGCAUAAGGACCCGCAUAAGGACCCGCAUAAGGAUCCUCAUAAGGACCCUCAUAAGGACAUCCACCAGUGGUACCUCUCAAACAACAUCGAGCAGAAGAAAAAGAAAAACGAGGAAAUCGAGAGGGACAAAGAUGCCUACUUCGAAGACGCGGAGGUGGAGAAAAACGUGGAGGAGUACAUAAGCGUCGUGUGCAGGAUAAAGAACAACGUGAGUGAAAAGGGAGAAGACCAACAAAGCAGCGAAGUGGAUGUCAUCCGAAAGGUAGCCAAGAACAAACUAGUCAUAGACACCUGUCCCAUGGGAAAUAAAAACAACGGACUCAAUUUAGAAUACACCUACGAUCGAGUAUACGAUAUUCAAAAUAAUAAUCAAAUGAUUUUUAAUGAUUAUAUAAAGAAUAAUAUAAAAAAUAUUUUCCAAGGAAUCAACUGCAGCAUCAUGGCAUACGGGCAAACGAACAGUGGGAAGACUUACACCAUGCUGGGGAACUUCGAAUACCUAAACAAUCUCUUUCACCUUUGCAAGGACAAUCAAAAUGAUAAAAUGGGAUGGACAGUCGAUAGCGACAUUGCCAUUACGUAUGAAGAGCUGACCAACUGCAUAUCGAAUGAACCCAAUUACGUAGGGCUCAUUCCUCACUGCAUCAAUUACAUUUUUAAUUACAUAAGCUACCACAAAAGUGAGAAAGAACCACCAAAUGGGAGAAAAGAAUUCGUGGUUACCAUGUCUAUCCUCGAAAUAUACAACGAGAUUAUCUACGACUUGAUUAGUGGGGAGAGUAACCUCUCCGUGCAUAUGAUAGAUUCUAAUAAAAACGAAUUUGUCAUCAAAAAUUUAAGAGAAGUCGAAAUUGAAAAUGUUAUUAAUGCUCUUCAUUAUCUAGAGGAAGGUGUUAACAACAGGAAGAUCGCCUUUACACAUAUGAACAAAGCUUCCUCCAGAUCUCAUCUGAUCUUUAUUAUAAAAAUUAAUAGGUACAUUCAUGCCACCAACACGGUGAGGUGUGGCAAGCUAUGUCUCGUUGACUUGGCUGGAAGUGAAAGACUCAAACAGACCAAGGCGACGGGAUCGGUCAAAAUAGAAACCACCAUGAUUAACAAAAGCUUGACGGUCCUCAGCAAGGUGGUGAACGCCUUGGCUGUCAUGCAGAUUAAGGAGAAAAUGGACAAGACGGGGAAGGAGAAGCCCCCCGAUCAGCUGGCCGCCCCGGUGGACCCCUCCACUGCGGAAGUUACGGGUACUGCACAGGGGGGAGAUGAACCUGCAGAGAAGGAGGACCACGCGGAGGAGCACAAACCGGGCGCUCCCAACGCGGCGAAGAAGGCCAAGUUCCACGGGGGGGGAGCCACCACCACAGCGGGAGCGGGAGGGGGGCCCCCUCCCUGCGUGCACAUCCCGUACCGAGACUCCAAACUCACGAGGGUGCUCUCGGACAGCCUGGGCAACAACUGCAAGAGCAUACUAAUCUGCACCCUUUCGUCGAAGCUGCACUACCUGAACGAAACGGCCUCCACCAUCAAAUUCGCGCAGAGGGCCAAAAUGGUGAAGGCCAAGCCGGUGGUUCGCGAAGAAAAAAUGGAAACGAAACAGGACAAGGAGAAGAAGCAUACCAAACAGGAGGGAACCGAAAAUGAGAACAAUCUUAAGGAGAAAGCGGCCGACAUCUUCGUCAAUUUCAAUCAAAAUCAUAUUACCAAGGAUAUCAUUUUCUUCUCCUUCAGUCUCUGCAUCUUUAGCUACAUCUGUGGGUUCAAGAGCACCGGCAAGGUGAAGUACCUGGACUUCUUCAUCGAGUCAUAUAAGAACAAAAUUGACAUAAUAAAAGAGCAACUGAACAAAGGGGGAGCAGCCACCAACGAUGUUAACGAGUGCAUUCUGAAGACCUUCGAUGAGCUUAAACUUCUAACAGAGGAGGAAAAGGAGAGGUACUUGAAGACCCAGCAGGAGAAGCUGCACAGUGGCGAUGCGGAGGAGCACCCGGGCGCGGGCAAAAGGCACAACCAUUUGCACAAGCUGCUGGGGAAUAGACUCUUUGGGAAGGCGGCCCCAGCGGAUGGAGUUACCGCAGGAGUUGGCGCAAGCGUUGGCGCAAAGGAUGACACAAGCGUUACCGCAGGAGCUGCCGCAAACCUCGAUGCAGGAACCGCCGCAGGGGGGCCCCACCUGGAGGAAGAGGAAGACGCGCUGAUAGGAGACAUCCUAAUCAAAAUGAAAAACGACAUUUGCAACAUUCUGAAGUUUAACCUAGCUAGUCUGAGGAGCAACCUGAAGGAGGACGCGCAAAUGUUCGACGAGAUGCUCAGCAUUGUAAACAGCGUGAAGGAGAACAACAACAUUUUUCUGAUGAACGAGUUGAAUCAGCUCGGCAAGGCAGACGUAUCGGGAAGUCACUCGGAGGGCAAGAGCCAAGCAGAAGAGGGUGAAGCGAAUAAUCCGCCUCACAAAGGGAUAAACCACUCCCCACACGAUCCGCCAGCCCACGGAAGGGGGAAGGCAAGUGCAAAGGGGGCGGGGGCAAAGGAUAAGCAGUCCAUUGCCGACCGGAAGGCGGACCCCAAGGGGGGGAAAAAGUGGGCCCGGUGGAAAGGGGACCACACAGAGAAGGAUCAUCAGACGCAGCACGCGCAACACCAAGUGGAGCUGUACCACCCGGAGGACUUCGCCAGGAACAUCCUGAGCGUGCACAACAUACAAAACAUCUUCGAGUACGUGAAUAACAACUACGCCAAAUUUAUCAGCGAUUUUACCACCGACAAGAGCACCGUUUUUACAAAUUUCGAUUUGAAGGAAAAUCUAGACAGGCAAAUUAUAGAGAAGAAUAACACCAUCUAUAAUUUCAUUCAUUCCGCCACCAUGUUUCAGCACAGCGGGACGUUGAAGGAUUUGAACAGCAACUACUUCUUCAACAGAAUUCAGACGGAGCUGUUUAACAACUACGGCAACCACCAGCAUGGCAACCACCAGCAUGGAAACCACCAGCAUGGAAACCACCAGCAUGGAAACCACCAGCAUGGCAACCUCCAGCAUGGAAACCACCAGCAUGGAAACCACCAGCAUGGAAACCACCAGCAUGGCAACUUCAGGUGCGUGCACAGCAUGCUGGAGGGCAGGGCCGCGGUCACCGGCGACAGCGGCGACAAUGUGAGUGGCGAUGUGAGCGCCCCCCCCAAGCAGAAGAAGUACUUCUCCAUUAGGGACAUCCAGCCAGCGGAGCAGGAGGACGCCGACGCCGCGAACCACGAUGACCUUCUCCACAUCACCAGCGGGAUCAACCAAAGCGUGAAAUUCGCCAGCAGCAAAGGGGGAGACACACCAGGGGUGGAAAAAUCGGUGAACUUCGCCGACAAUGGGAACACCUCCAGUCGUGGCGAACUGCCCAACGGAGGGAUGACCCCAAAGCAAAACAAACAGAAGGAACCCAGCCCACGAAACACCAUCCGUGUGUCCCAAAACGGACUCCAAAUGAACGAAUUGGCAAACUUAAUAGAAAAUGAGGACUUCAAAAAAUUGUACGAAUAUAUUACGGACAAGGGGAACAACAAUGAGGGGGUUCAUUUUAGGGAUGGAGAAGAGUGCUCCCAUGCGGCCUUCAAAGAACUCGAGUCAAGGAUCAAUCAAGAAAUACGCAAAAUAAAUGACUACGUGACGGUGGAUAUAUCCCCCGUGAGUGGGGGCGGGAAGGGGAAGCGCGGCAGCAAGGCAAACAGCAAGAAGGGUAGAAGCGCGAGCGCAGAAGGGAAGCGUUCCUCGAGGAAAGCCAGCAAAGAGGACUACCACAACGGCAAUGGCACUAAUAACGAUGGCAACAUCGGCAAUGGCAACGUCAGCAAUGGCAACAUCGGCAAUGGCAACGUCAGCAAUGGCAACAUCGGCAAUGGCAAUGCUGGCCAGCGGGCCGGUGAGGGAGGAACCCCCCAAAUUGAGGACGCCCGCCGAAACCCCACGGACAGCAAAGCAGCCAACAACUUCAGCCACACACACAUUUCAUACUUGGAAAAAAAACGAACGACCAAUUUGUUCUUCCAAAAAAUUAUUAACAUGUUUAGAAAUAUUUUUCAAAAAAAAGAAUCCCCCAAAGAGCCAAUCGAAAUUAACACCUCAGACCUCAUCGACAAUGAACUUCUCUAUAAUAAAAAGCUGCUGGAAAAAAAUUUAGAUUCUUAUAACAUUCGAAAUUUCCAAAUAAACGAUAAAAAGAUUUACCUCCUCAACGAGUCGGAGUACGUACACCUCAGGGAGCUAAUCAAUUACAAAAACAAAAUGCUGUCCUUUUUGAACUGCGAGUAUAGGAAGUUUAAAAUGUCUCUGUCGUGA